AUGCAACGUUCUCAAGAUCAAAGGAUUAAUCUUGGUGAAUUGAAAGCACAUAUAGUGAAGAAGAUUGGAGCUGAGAGAUCAAGAAGGUAUUUUUAUUACCUGAGCAGGUUUCUGAGUCAGAAGCUUACUAAGAGCGAGUUUGAUAAGACUUGCUUGAGGCUGUUAGGGAGGGAGAAUCUCUCUCUACACAACCAGUUGAUCCGUUCGAUCUUGAGAAACGCAACUGCCGCCAAGUCCCCACCGCCACCGCCAGUUCAAGAAGUGGCCAAACCAUUGGCGAAUGGUGCUGGAUCUUUAGUCCCUAACCAUACUCAGAAGGAUCAUGCUUGGUCUAACGGUGUCUUGCCAAUCUCUCCGCGGAAAGUCAGGUCUGGAAUACGCGACAGGAAGAUCAGAGAUAGGCCAGCGUCAAAUGGGAAGGUGGAACAUAUGUUGCAGCAUCAGCCGAUUUGUAGAGAUGACAAUAGAGCUAGUGUUGGUAUGGAGAACGGUGAUUUGGCUCAUCAUCAUCAGAGAUCAGGGAGAUAUGUUGCUGCUGAUGAAAGAGAUGGCGAGUUUCUUCGUCCUGUUGAGAAACCUAGAAUACCAAAUAAUGAUGAUGAUGAAAAUCAAGAAGAGCAGCAAGAUAGGCCAAAUCUGUCAGCGAGUCCUCUGGUUGCACCUCUAGGGAUUCCAAUCCGUAGAACGGUUCCUGUUUCAACCGGUGGUGAUGUAAUUAGUUGCUACGACAGUGGUGGAUUGCAAGACGUGGAGAUGCUGAGGAAGAGGAUGGAGAACAUUGCAGUAGCGCAGGGUCUUGGAGGGGUUUCGAUGGAGUGUGCCAACACGUUGAAUAGCAUGUUGGAUGUGUAUUUGAAGAAGCUGAUCAAAUCUUGCACUGAUUUGGUUGGAGCUCGGUCCACUAAUGGAGACCCCUGGAAACAGCAGAGUCAAAACAAGAUUGUAAAUGGGGUGUGGCCUAGUAACAAUGGACCUUCUGACAUAGCACGAGACCAUCAUCGUACUGUGUCUCUGCUUGAUUUUAGAAUCGCCAUGGAGUUAAAUCCACAGCAGCUUGGUGAGGACUGGCCAAUUAUGCGAGAGAGAAUCUCCAUGCGGUCUUUCGAGGAGGAAGAAUUUGAUGUGUGA